AUGACGACCCAACGUGAUAAUGAAGUCGCUCCCUCCAUCGACAGCGCUACAACUAACAUUCAAAAAUCCAAUGACACAACUCCCGCCGUAAGUGUGCAUGGCAAUAAUGACCCAGAAAAGGGUCUUGGCCCAGAGAAUGCCGAACCACAAUCAACUGAAAAGUCGUUUGCUGCUGGUCCAACACCUGCGACGCCAGCAAUCGGCCCGCCACCCGAUGGAGGCGCACAAGCAUGGUUAGUCGUACUAGGAGCCUUCUCCGGUCUAUUCGUCAGCUUUGGCUGGAUCAACUGCAUUGGAGUCUUCCAGACAUACUAUGAAAGCCACCAGUUGAGCAAGUACUCCACCAGCACAGUUACAUGGAUCACAUCGCUCGAGACCUUCGUGAUGUUCUUCUGUGGUCCAAUCUUCGGAACAAUGUUCGACGGCCACGGCCCACGCUACAUCCUCCUGCUAGGCACAUUCCUCCACGUCUUCGGGCUGAUGAUGGCCUCCCUCUCAACAGAAUACUACCAAUUCAUCCUGGCACAAGGAAUCUGCAGUCCCAUCGGCGCGAGCGCAAUCUUCAACGCCUCCGUAAACUCCGUCAGCACAUGGUUCGCCAAACGCCGCGCCUUCGCUCUCGGCGUAACAGCCGCAGGCUCAAGUCUCGGCGGCGUCAUCUUCCCCAUUAUGGUCACGCGACUGAUUCCUGAAGUCGGAUUCCCGUGGGCUAUGCGCAUCUGCGCUUUUCUGAUCCUGUUCAUGCUCGUUAUCGCCAAUCUAACGAUCAAGUCGAGGCUGCCGCACCGCCCUAAGCCAUUUGAUAUAUUGAGUUUCUUGAGACCGCUGGCAGAGCUGAAGUUUGCGCUUACGCUUGCUGGCGCCUUUUGUUUCUUUUGGGGCAUGUUUUUGCCGUUCACUUUUGUCAUUACGCAGGCAGAGAGAUACGGCAUGUCCCAGAAUCUGGCUGGGUAUUUGAUUCCUAUCUUGAACGCAUCUAGCAUCUUCGGCCGUACGUUGCCAGGCUACCUCGCCGAUAAAGUGGGUCGCUACAACACGAUGGUGAUCACGACAUUCUUCUCCGCGAUUCUUGUGCUAGCCCUCUGGCUCCCGUCGCGGGGCAACAUCCCCGCAAUCAUUUUCAGCGCACUGUACGGUUUCGGCUCUGGAGCAUUCGUUUCCCUCGCGCCUGCUUGCAUUGCCCAGAUCUCUGAUCUGCGCCAGGUGGGCGUUCGAAACGGUACUUUCUUUGCUGUUAUCUCGUUUGCGGCUUUAACUGGUACUCCAAUUGGCGGUGCUUUGGUACCGGAUGUCUUGCAUGGCGAUUACACCCGCCUGCAGAUUUUCUGUGGUGUUGUGAUGAUCGCUGGGUCUGUCUUGUUUGUUUUGGCGAGGGGUGCUGUUGGUGGGUUUAAGCUUAAUAAGGUUUAA